UUCCGGUUCCAACCAUUCGAGACCUAAGAUGGCGGACCGGCGGCGAAGGAGGAGGACGAGGCGCGCGUCCCAGGACAGCGAGGACGACGACGAGUCUGGUUCGGGUUCGGACAACGGGAGGUCAGCCUCCCCGACCACCAAGCCCCGCGUGAGAGACCCAGAGCCGCCCGAGGAGACUACAGCAGCGAUCCGGCCCGAGCCCAAACCCGUUGUGGAGUCCGAGUGUGAGAGUGAAGACGGUGUAGGAGAAGCUGUCCUCUCUGACUACGACAGUGCCGACGCGGAGGAAAACGGCUCCCAUUCAGAGGGAGCGGAGGAGGAAGAGGAGGCGGGGCAAUACAGCGACGAAGAAGCUCCGGCAGCCGCAGCCAGCGAGCCCAAACCCUCUGCCGCCGCUGCUGCAGCCGAUGAACCGACAAAGGUAGAGGGGGAGGAAGAAGAGGAGGAGGAGGGGGAGGUGGUGGAGGAAGAAGAGGGGGAGGAUGAAGAGAAGGAGGCGGAGUCGGAGGAAGGAGGACAGGGUAAAGAGGACAGCAAGGCAGAGGAGAAGGGAAACCUCGCCGGGGAGAGACAGAGCGGCGACGGACAGGAGUCCACAGACGACCCCGAGACGAAGGCGGGGGGCAAACCGGGUCAGAAGCUCGACGACGACGAGGACAGGAAGAACCCGGCCUACAUCCCGAGGAAGGGUCUGUUCUUCGAGCACGAUGUCCGAGGACAUGCUCAGGAGGAGGAGAGACCGAAAGGUCGAAACAGGAAGUUGUGGAAAGACGAGGGUCGCUGGGAGCAUGACCGCUUCAGGGAGGAGGAGCAGGCGCCGAAGAGCCGCGAGGAGCUCAUCGCCAUCUACGGUUACGACAUCCGAAACGGCGGCGGCUCCGGAGACCGACACUACCGGCAGCAGCGCCGGCCGAGACAGAGUACGUCUCCCAGCAGAGACAAGCGGUGGGGAGGCGGAGAGCGGCCAGUCCGGUCCUGGCAGCAGAGCGGCACUCCGAACCGAGGAGGCGCGCCGCCCCCAUCCAACCCGCCGUCCUCCGCGCCCCCCUCGUCUCUGCCCCUCUCCUCUCAGCGCAGCGGCAAUCCGUCCCGGCCGCCUCCCUUCCGCAGCCGACCCUCCCACCACAAUCAAAUGCACCCCGCGCCUCAGUCUCAGUACAGGAACAGCGAAUCGAACGCUCCCCAGGUGCACCCCAGGGAACGACAGGGCCCCAAAGCUCAGUCUGACCCGGCGGGAGACAGGGGCGUGGGCAGCAGGGGCAGCGGGGGCAGGGGCCCCUCCGUGGUCGUUGAGGAUAUUACGUUCAGCCACGGCGGCGUUCGGGAACAGGACCCAGGUGUCGCCACAGCGGCGGCGUCCCAGUCUGCGUCUCCGAGACGGCAGCAGCAGGACCAACGCAGCAGCGCCGACAGAUCUGCGUCCGGAUUGGAGCAUCCCGCCUCCGACGCCUCGUCGCAGGCGCCCUCGGCCAACCAGGACAUCUCUCCGCCUGCCGAGCGGCCGGCGAUGGAGCGUAAGUCUUACUCGCUGGCUCGCAGGACUCGCUCUCGGCCCGCCGACCUGGGCAGCAAGCAGCCGUCCGUGGAGGAGUCGGGAGCCGCCGCCGCCUCCCCAUCCCCCGGCAGCGUGGGAGGGAAGAGCUGGGCGGGCGACGGACCGAGCCAGACGGGGGUCACGGGAGGGCUGGCGGAGAUGGACCAGAACUUGGCUCGACUCAGUCUGGCGGGACAGAGCUGGAGCCAGAGCCCGACGUCCUACAUCCGCACGGAGAUGAAAGGCCUGCCCAAUGCCAUGCACAUCCCCGGCGGCCCGCCCCCCUUCUCCGCCAUGGAGGAGAUGGGCGUCGGCUCCAAUCGAGCCAAGCGCUACUCGUCCCAACGGCAGAGAGCCGUGCCAGAGCCGGCGCCACCGCCCAUGCACCUGGGAGUGAUGGAGGGACACUACUACGAACCCAUGUCGUACCAGGGACCAAUCUAUGCCCACGGGGACGGCCCCGCCCCCAUCCCGCCACAAGGCAUGCUGGUCCAGCCAGAGAUGCACAUCCCCCACCCCGGUCUCCAUCCCCACCAAUCAGGCGGCCCCAUCGCUAACCCCCCGCUCUACGGCGGCCCGCCUGUUUCGCUGUCGCCAGGGCAACCGCAGCAGCUGCUGCCGCCGCCGUUCUACCCUCCGCCAGGCGUCAUGACCUUCCCUUACCCCACCAUGUACCCGACUCCACAGGGUCAGGCCCAGGUGACCUGAGGCGUGACGUAUUACGCACGAAUACAUCGCAGCAGGCUCAGCCCAAGCCUUUCACCCCGCACCUCCCAGCCCGUCACCAUCAAGCCCCCUCCGGAGUUGCACUUCGCCACAGAGUGA